AUGAGCAAUAAAAGCAACCGCAGGAGUUUACGUGACAUAGGGAAUACGAUUGGUCGAAAUAAUAUACCAAGUGACAAGGACAAUGUCUUUGUGAGAUUGAGUAUGUCCCCUUUGAGGACGACAAGCCAAAAAGAGUUUUUGAAACCACCUAUGAGGAUAUCACCUAACAAGACAGAUGGAAUGAAGCAUAGUAUACAAGUAACACCAAGAAGGAUUAUGUCGCCGGAAUGUCUGAAGGGCUAUGUCUCUAAGGAAACUCAAAGCCUGGAUAGGCCUCAGUUCAAAAAUUCGAAUAAAAAUGUGAAGAUCCAAAACUCAGAUCAUAUAACUAAUAUAAUAUUCCCUACAUCACCAACCAAACUGACAUUCAGUAAUGAAAAUAAAAUCGGGGGUGAUGGUUCGUUAACGAGAAUACGGGCCCGGUUUAAGAAUGGACUCAUGUCACCUGAAAGGAUACAGCAGCAACAGCAGCAACAUAUUCUCCCAUCGGAUGCCAAAAGCAACACUGACCUCUGUUCUAAUACUGAGCUCAAGGACGCCCCAUUUGAGAAUGACCUUCCUCGAGCUAAAUUGAAAGGGAAGAAUUUAUUAGUUGAACUCAAGAAAGAAGAGGAAGACGUGGGAAAUGGCAUAGAAUCCCUUACUAAAUCGAACACUAAACUGAAUUCCAUGCUGGCGAACGAAGGUAAGAUACACAAAGCUAGUUUCCAGAAAAGUGUAAAAUUUAAACUACCUGAUAAUAUAGUGACUGAAGAAACCGUGGAACUUAAAGAAAUAAAGGACUUGCUACUACAAAUGUUGAGAAGACAGCGAGAGAUUGAAUCAAGAUUAUCCAAUAUCGAACUUCAACUCACGGAAAUACCGAAACAUAAGUAA